AUGGCGUUCCUGGUGCAGCAUGGCAAGAGCAGAGCCGUCGGCGCGAGGAAGCCGAGGCACGGCACCAGGGCCGCCGCCAGGAGCCCGACCAAGCUGGAGCUCAGGCACAGGCAGCUCGCCGUCAGGCUUCUCGCGGCGUGCCUCCUCGCCCCGGUGCUCUGCAUCUGCUCGGCCAGGCUCUUCUCCGUCGUCCUGCCAUCACAACUCUCGCCUGGCAAUGGAGUUUAUCCUCUUGCCGAGGGAAGCUCUGACGAUACUGAAGGUGCGGGGACAUCAAGAAUCCUUGAGAAGGGCUUUGUGGACGACAGACAUCGACUUCAAGAGCCCAGUGUUCGGGUUCCUGCAAGAUUGGGUGCUGAUCCUGUCAGGGGUUCACCGGAAUUAGAUAUUGGAGUUGAAAGCAGCGACUCCAAGCAUAUAACAGAUUUGGAUAAUAAAUCAGGAAUGAAGGGGCUGACUAUAUCUUCAACAAACGCUAGUUCCCCACCCGAAAACUCUGUCAUGAGUUCCCGACAAUCAGCAGUUACAGAUAUUGAAGUUCCAAAGCCUAAGAGCAAGAUAUACUGUGACGACAAGAGUAAAGAUGAGGGCUUCCCUUAUGCAAGGCCAAUCAUCUGCCAAAUGUCUGGUGAUGUGCGAGUUUCUCCUGAAAGCGCAUCAGUUGCUCUUAUUACGCCAAUGCAACAAGGCGAGGAAGGGUGGCGGGUUACGCCAUAUGCUCGCAAGGACGAAUCCUUGCUACCUCUUGUAAGAGAAGUGGUCAUCAGAGCAGUUGCAAGUGAAAAUGAUGCUCCCAAAUGCAGCAUCAGCCAUGAUGUCCCAGCAGUUAUCUUCUCAGUUGGUGGCUAUACCGGAAACUUCUUCCACGACAUGUCAGAUGUGCUGAUCCCGCUAUAUCUAACUUCCUUUCAACAUAAAGGACGGGUAAAAUUCUUCAUUACCGACUACAAGCAGUGGUGGGUUCAGAAGUAUAAACCGGUGCUACGGAGGCUAUCGCAUCAUGACAUAAUUGAUUUUGACUCUAACAAGGAUGUCCACUGUUUUCAGCAUGUAAGCGUCGGCCUGACAAGGGAUAGGGAUCUCAUCCUUCGGCCACAUUCCACGAGAAACCCAAAGGGGUACUCGACGCUUGACUUCACAAGGUUCUUGCGCCACUCAUAUGGCCUCAAAAGGGACAGGCCAUUGGUCCUUGGUGAGCAGCCUGGUAAGAAACCAAUAAUGCUGAUCAUAUCAAGGCGAGGCACGAGGAAGCUCCUGAACCUUCGCCAAGUGGCAGCCACAUCAAGGGCGCUAGGCUUUGACGUGAUCGUCUCCGAGGCCAGGGGAAACUUGAAGAGGUUUGCAACAAUGGUGAACUCGUGCGACGUGCUCCUAGCAGUCCAUGGCGCCGGCCUCACCAACCAGGUCUUUCUCCCACCACAGGCGGUGGUGCUCCAGAUAGUUCCAUGGGGGAAGAUGGACUGGAUGGCCACCAACUUCUACGGGCAGCCAGCGCGUGGCAUGAACCUGAGGUACCUGGAGUACUACGUCUCCGAACAAGAGAGCAGCCUUGCUCAGAGGUACCCAAGAGACCACUUGGUGUUCAAGGAUCCCAUGGCAAUCCAUGGUCAAGGAUGGAAUGCAUUGGCAGACAUUUUUAUGGCACAGGAUGUGAAACUGAAUAUCAGGAGAUUCAGGCCUACACUUUUACAGGUUUUGGACCUUCUUCAGGUCUAG